AUGACGCUCCGCGACGUCAUCGCGCGGGAGAAAUUCUUAACUCUUUCAGACACCAAGGCAAUUCAUCUUUUCGCAUCUUCGUUCCCGACAGAGCUCUCUCACCUCCGAAAUGCUAGUGCUACGGUUGAAUCCGGCGCAAGCACGCCUCCCUGCUGCUUGGAUGGGAAAACGCCAUCCGCGCUGAUCUACGGCGCAGAAUUCGCAGAGGUCAACCGCACCCUGAUCAGCAUGCUGGCGCUCAAGUGGAUUCUGGCAGACGACUACGAGUCUUUCACGCGCGGUCAAUCAGAAGACAAAUUAGCACCGGAGACGUUCAAGCGCAUGCAGGAAACCAUCACCCGGAAUCUGCACGGGCCAGACGACACCUACGCGUUACUGGUAGCGAUCGUCAUCGACGAUAUCGGCAAAGAUUCUACCUUAGCCACGGCUGACGAUGCUGAAGCUGAAGCGAACCAUUCCGAGGUAGUCUACCAUGCUGCGGAAGCAGACCGCAUCCCGGCGCUGGCAGGUGUUCCCCCACGCGACAGGAAAGCGAUCAUGCAGAGCCUGCAGAUCGGAAGCAAGCUUAAUCUCUCGCAGCUGGUGCAGGGUGAGUGUGCGCCGGCGAGUCUCUCUGUGCUACGGUCGAUAGGUGAAGGUGAAUGCGGCUACGAAAUGCGCGCGAUGGUGACGCUGCUCGAUGUCGCUGGUGCGGCUGCCCAUCGUGAUGCGAGAGGAUGCGCAAUCAUGACGGAGUCGGUCUCCCGGGCUUAUCUACGUGCUAUCGACGUUGUUGGAGAGUUCAUGCGAGGAAACAUUCCGACUGAGCGCGCAUGCUACGACCGGAUUCUGCUGGACAGGGCGGAACUGCUCCAUGAGAAGGGAUUUCCUUUGCUUUCUGUCGAAGAUGCUGAGGAACGAACGCUACUGCGGCUGCUCUGCAUGGGCCGAGGAGAUAGUCUAUAUUCGGCUGAGAUGUUCCAGACGGCUUUCCAGAUUCUACCAGAGUCUACCAGACGUCGACUGGCUGAUGGGCUCAGUGUAGAUGGCAUUGGCGACGGGGUGGCGAUUGUUCCAUACUAUGCGCCAGGUCUGCUGGCCGAGGUCAUGCGCAGUGUCCACCACAAAGAGCGCAGUUUUAUCGUUGCUGCGUUGUCUGCAUUUCUGCGGUUUCUAGCUUGUGUGUUUGACAAUGCACUCCCUCAGACAGACGGAAUCCAAGAGCGCGACCUGUCGUUUGUCCAGGAGGUCAUCAAAAGCGACAGAUUUCAUGACGACCCUUCCAUCCUCGACAGUGUCAAAAUGCCUUGGAUGGCCUCGAAAGAUACUAUUGAUCCACGCUUAUGA